AUGGAUUUUACUUCUAUAGUUGUUCCGGGGCAGCCGAUAGUUCCAAUUCUUUCAAAGAAAAAGCAGGCAAAGUAUCUCGCCGGUCGUAAUUGCCGUAUAGAGACCAUCACGUAUAAUGGUACAGAGAUGCCUUCGAUAGUGUCGUCAGUUGUUGGUAAAGUCAAAGUCAUCAGCAAGGACGAGGACAAGAGUCUGCAGAAUUUUACAGUAAAUGUGGUUUCCAAGCACGAUCCAGAGUAUGUGCACGAUGACGAUGACAUUGGAGUGAAAUAUGCGUCAAACACUCCAAUGUUGGACGAUAUCGUUCUAGCAAAAGUCACCAAGAUCACCAAUAGCAGAGUGCAUGUUGAAAUUCUCAGCAUAGAUACUCAAACAGGAAAUGAAGAGGAGUUGAUGAUGUCUAGUUUGAUUACCAAUGAAAACGGAGAGAACUUCAGAGGUAUUAUCAGAUCCUUAGAUAUAAGAUCAACAGAAAGAGACAAAGUGAAGACAUGGGAAUGCUUUCAGCCGGGUGAUAUUGUACGUGCAGAGGUGAUCUCCCUUGGAGAUGGGAUUAACUACUAUUUGAGUACAUCCAAGAACAACUUAGGUGUUGUUCUUGCCAGAUCGGCAACUGGUGGCGAACUGAUGUAUGCAUUGGAUUGGGAGACGAUGGUGGUGCCGAAUACGGGUGAAUUAGAGAAGAGAAAGUGUGCCAAGCCGUUCUGA